CCUGCUCUAGCUUCUUUUUUUCCUUCGGUUGGAGGCCAUGAUGGGAGCCUGAGAGUUCAGCUGGAGCGAGAAAAGAAGAUGAUUCCCCGGGACGAAACUGUCAAAUCAGUACGGGCGGAUUUCUGAUCGUUGUAUAGUCUAUAUACAUCUGAGGUGGAGCCUGUCACUUUUUUAUUUUUUUUCUCAAAUGUGUUCUUGGCAAUCAGUCGAUGACAAUGUUGAAUCGUUAGGAGGUUUUUGGAUCGAAAAAGGAGGUAGAAUUAGCCGCGCUAGCUGGCUACGUCUCAGUGACUGGAUACUGGUUUUGAGAGCCGGUGAGUUCUCUAACCUCAUUGCCUGGAACGCGUCGGAAAUCUUACAAGUUUCACUCGAGGAUAACUGCAUGUAUUUUAUCCGGGAGCGUUUGUACGACGAAUCGCAGGAUUGGGAAAGUCGGGCCUGCGCCGAGGAGCGGAGCAAGGCCCGUCUUUAUGGUCCAGAGGAAGCCUUUCUAAUCCCACCGACAGCCACUGCUCCGUGCGAGGACCUGCAAAAUUCAGCAGCCAGCGACCAGGAGGACCGACUGCGACGUUAGCGACCAGGCGCAGAAUACUAAAUAAACCUGUUUUAACAUCCCCCCCCCUUCACCUCCUCCUGCACCCCCCAUAUAGACUCUCUUAUCACCUGCUACAAUGGCUGCGAUUAUAAAAGAAAUGGUCAGUCGGAACAAAAGGAGAUACCAGGAGGACGGUUUCGACUUGGACUUAACAUAUAUCUACCCAAACAUUAUUGCUAUGGGCUUUCCAGCAGAGCGACUCGAAGGCGUGUACAGAAACAAUAUAGAUGACGUAGUACGGUUUUUGGAUUCAAAGCAUAAAAACCAUUACAAAAUCUACAACCUCUGCGCAGAAAGACACUACGAUGCUGCCAAAUUCAACUGCAGAGUUGCACAAUACCCGUUCGAAGAUCAUAACCCCCCUCAGCUGGAGCUAAUUAAGCCAUUUUGCGAAGACUUGGACCAAUGGCUCAGCGAGGACGACAAUCACGUGGCGGCUAUACAUUGUAAGGCCGGCAAGGGCCGCACCGGGGUCAUGAUCUGCGCCUAUCUGCUCCACCGCGGCAAGUUCACGGAUGCCCAGGAUGCGCUCGACUUCUACGGGGAAGUGAGGACACGGGACAGGAAGGGGGUGACGAUCCCGAGCCAGCGCCGAUACGUGUACUACUACAACUACCUGUUAAAGAACCAGCUGGAGUACAAGCCGGUGGCGCUGCUGUUCCACAAGAUGGUCUUCGAGACUCUCCCCAUGUUCAGCGGGGGCACCUGCAGGGACAGUACCGUUAAAAACAGGAGCGAGCCGACCCCUCAGGGCUUCAAGAAAGGGAAUUGGCAUUGGGAUCCGCAGUUUGUCGUAUACCAACUCAAAGUGAAGAUCCACACGUCGAACCCGGCUCACACCAGAAGGGAGGACAAGCACAUGAUAUUCGAAUUCCCCCAGCCGCUGCCCGUUUGUGGCGACAUCAAAGUGGAGUUCUUCCACAAACAAAAUAAGAUGAUGAAGAAGGACAAAAUGUUCCACUUCUGGGUGAACACAUUCUUCAUUCCUGGACCAGACGAGAGCGGGGAAAAGAUGGAGAACGGGGCGGUGAACAACGUGGAGAGCCAGCAAGGAGCGCCGGGCCUGGGCCAGGGCCAGGUCCAGGUCCAGGCCCAGGCCCAGGUCCAGGGCCAGGUCCAGGCCCAGCCGCAGGGCGCCGAGACCAGGGACGGCUGCAGGGAAGGCGACAGGGACUACCUCAUCCUGACGCUCACAAAGAACGAUUUAGACAAGGCUAACAAAGACAAAGCCAACCGCUACUUCUCACCAAACUUCAAGGUGAAGUUGUAUUUUACGAAAACCGUGGAGGAGCCUUCAAACUCCGAGGCUAGCACUUCGACGUCCGUCACCCCAGACGUUAGCGACAAUGAGCCAGACCAUUAUCGAUACUCUGACACCACUGACUCUGAUCCGGAAAAUGAACCUUUUGAUGAAGAGCAACACACACAAAUCACAAAAGUGUGAACUCUUUUAAAGCAGGAAAAGAAGAAAUUAUACACCUGAAUUAAAAAAAAAAGGAGAAAACUUGAAUAUAAACUCAAAAGAAGAACCUUUGUCCCUUUCCCUCCCCCAGACGGCAAUAGAAUAUCAUGUCGAAUGCCAAUUUUAGGGAAAAAAAAAA